AUGCUUCAUCCAGGAAUUUCUGACAAGCGAAGAUUGCCUGCUUCCUUUUCGGGUGAGCUAGCGCAAUCACGAAGCCAGAACCAGGUAGUGAGCCAGUUUACUGCUAGUCGGAGUACUAGUGACACAGACAAGGACUCCGAAUCAUGGCUCGAUCUGACCUUGGCUUUGGCCGAUCCAGAAACUGCUAGGAAAAAACAAAAGAUUGCACCUCCUGCACCCGCGAUUUCCGCUGACGCUAUGAGUGGAUCGAUAUUUUCUGGAAAGAGCUAUGGGCACACCCCUCACUCGAGCUUGUUAUUGAAUCACCGGGGAGCCGUUGACAAAAAACAGAAAAUCACACAUAUCAAGCCGGGAGCGCAGUUAGUCUCGCAAUUCGUUGAUGUUUCUGAUUGUCCGCCCUCGCGCUGUAUCGAUAUUUGUUUAGACUCUGGUACCCUUCUAAAUCCAGGAUUGAAUUUGAUUCAUCCAGGAUCCUCCGGAGAAGAGCGACAAGAAUCUACUACUUCAGCAGUGAUGGCGGCUGUGGAUGGCGGGAUUUCUCCCGAAAAAGACCAUGAGAGAAUCUCCAGUUAG